UCAUCUUCCCCUCCUUUUCUGCACAGGUUUGAGAGCUUCCCUUCUGCUGCAGAGGCAAAAUGAGCUGGGAUUUCCUUACGCGCCUGUUGGCCGAGAUUUCCAACCAUUCAACCUUCGUGGGCAAAAUAUGGCUGACCCUCCUCAUCAUCUUUCGAAUCGUGCUUACUGCGGUCGGGGGCGAGUCAAUCUACUCUGAUGAACAGAGUAAUUUUGUGUGUAACACGCUGCAACCCGGUUGCGAGAACGUGUGCUACGAUGCGUUUGCGCCACUGUCACACAUUCGCUUCUGGGCAUUUCAGGUGAUUAUUAUCGCCAGCCCCUCCAUCAUGUACCUUGGCUUUGCUAUGCAUAAGAUUGCCCGCAUGGAGGACAAUGACUACCGGCCGCGGGGCAGGAAGAGGAUGCCGAUAGUGAGCCGCGGUGCGGAGGAUAAUGAGGAGGAGGAACCCAUGACCCUGGAAGAGAUUGAGGCAGAAGUCACGGAGAAGCCCAGCAAAAAGCACGGCGGAAAACGUUGCAUCAAGCGCAAUGGCCUGAUGAAGGUCUACGUGUUUCAGCUGCUGUUGCGUGCCAUCUUUGAGGCCUCGUUCCUGUUCGGACAGUACAUCCUUUAUGGACUUGAGGUGGCCCCGGUGUACGUAUGCACACUCUCCCCUUGCCCAUACAAAGUGGAUUGCUUCGUCUCGCGCCCAACAGAGAAAACCACCUUCCUGCGCAUUAUGUAUGGCGUCAGCGCCCUGUGUCUGCUCUUCACCAUGUUGGAGAUCCUUCACCUCAGCAUCAGCGGUAUCCGGGACUACUUUUGCGCACGCCUGCCUCAGCCUCCCACCCCACGGCUGCCUCAGCCUCCCACCCCAUGCCUGCCUCAGCCUCCCACCCCACGGCUGCCUCAGCCUCCCACCCCACAGCGGCCUCAGCCUCCCACCCCACGCCUGCCUCAGCCUCCCACCCCACAGCGGCCUCAGCCUCCCACCCCACGGCGGCCUCAGCCUCCCACCCCCCACCGCCAGCCAUCUACACCUCCAGGCUACCACACGGCUCUGAAGAAGGACCCGUCGGGGAAAAUGGGCUUCAGGGACAACCAGGGAGACUCGGGCUGCUGCGAAGACACCUGA